AUGAAGAAGGUCAAGAGAAAAGGCAAGGUGUACCCAUAUCUACCUUCACCAUCAUCCCCAUCAAAUUCUUCAUAUAAAGAUCCUGACUCAGUGUUAAAGCUACUACCAGUAACUAUUCUAGCUCUAGCCCUCUCUCUUCCUAACCAAGACCGUGAAGUUUUGGCUUACUUGAUAGCAAGGUCCAUCUUUAUCACCACCACAACAAACCCAUCUUUACUUGUUACUCAACAUCCGAAAAACAAAUGCAAAACCAAGAUUGCUACUACUAGUGCCAACAAGAACGACAAAUAUUGUGGUCAAAAGGUUCCUCUUUUUCAAUGUGGCUGUUUUGAUUGUUACACUAGGUUUUGGUACAGAUGGGACUCAUCUCCAAACAGGGAUUUUAUUCACCAAGUUAUUGAAGCAUUUGAAGAGCAUUUGGCGCAAAAUAUCGAGUCUCCAAAGAAACACAACAGAGGCAAGAAGAAAGGUAAGGUCUUGAUGAUGGGGGAUGUUGAAUCUGAUAAUAUUUUGUUUAAUAUACCUGAAAUAUCAGUGCCUGAAACUGAAUGUGAAGUGAUGGUAAUGCAAGAAAAUCUUGAAAGUGGAGAGACCGAUGAAAAUGAGGUGGCCUUUGAAGAAGAGAUAGGGAGUGAGGAGGUGACUGGGAACCUGGAAAUGGAGGUGGUGACAGUACAUGCUUCAGGUUACAAUGAUUGCCACAAGGGGUUGGCAAGGAAGGUUUUACCGGAUGUAAUGGGUUUACUCAACUCUCGUUUAUGGAGUAAUCUUUGGAGUCCGGGAAUGUAA